AGGAGAGAAAUACACAGGCUGGAUUCUGCCCAGUGAACUAGCUCCUAUCCCUCAAAGUAUGUCUCUGUGUUUAAUUAUGAGUAUUAUUUUUCUCCACAAAUAAUUCACAGAACGAUGUACAAACAGCAGAAUUGAGAAAAUCCCUGCCUUAAAUGGGACGGCAAAAGGAAAGAGGGUUGGAAGAGAGAAGGAAUGAAAAGCAAACCUAGGUAGUAGGCUCUUGGUUACAGAGUUCAGCAACUUUGUGUGUGCAAAGAUGUGCCUUACAGCCACCUGUCGACUUAAUGGCAGCCCCAUGGAUUUUCAUAGGGUUUUCUUAGGCAAGGAUUAUAGGAUCUGCUGCCUUUAGGGUUUUUAUGCCACCUUGGUAAGUUUAAUAGGGAGAAUUAAUUUAGCUCUUUGCAUUAAAGGCCUCGGAGGUUAUGGAGGUGCUUUCAUCUAGAUAUCCAAAUAAAAGGAAGGACCAGGUUUGGGAAAGUGUGGCCCAUGGAUUUGCCUAUGGCUUCCAGACCUCAAUAAUAUUUCCCCCUAAAAGACUUUUAAAGGAUAUGGAAACAUUGUCACCAUGUUUCAACGUCUUUUGGGCCAGUUUAGGUCCAAGAGGCAUUUCUAAAAAAACAGAAACUCCCCAAAAAUAAAAUGAAAGAUGACCAAAUAAACCAGUAGCUUCCGAUUAAUGUAGUUAGCUUUGUUUAGACCCACUUCCAGGCUGAAUUUCACAGCUAUGGACUUCUCCAAAUCGCUCCCCUGGUUUUAAUAAACACCAAUAGACGUUUAAUAAUAAACCAGCAAAAGCGGGGGCCCUAAGCUGCCUGUCCUCCGUCUCUUUCUGCCGGAUCUCCUUUUUUUCAGGAUUGGGAUAAAAAAAAGAGUUAAACUAAGCCAGGCACACAAGAGAAAAUGCUGAGUGUUUUGAAUCGUUUCCAGUAUUGUGAACUCUUUGGGUGUUUGGCUGGAUUGCAAAGCUGGAUCCUGCUGAUAGAAAAGCAGUCUUAAAAACAAGGUAAUGUUUUCAAGCGCCACCCUCUUCCCUUCUGCUUCUUGGCAUUGCUGUCAAUAGGCUGAUGCCACGGUCCUGCUCUGUGCCAGGCUUUUCUGCAGUGCAGCAGACAGAAGCAACGGUGGCAAAGGGAGCGUGGAGAGCUUUCUGUUGUUUCCCCGGGUAAUUCUGAAUUCGUCAGUUUAAGUCUGAACCUUUCGUCGCUUCUUCUGACAGCGUUUGAAUCUUCCUGUCAGUGUUGACUAUGGAGGUCAAGAUCCAAGAUGCGCGGCGAAAGAGCCAACGGAGCCCUCCCCUAAUUAUGUACCGAAUCCUCUGGAGGAUCCAUGAGCAAUGGAAGCUCUUGGGCUUCUUUGAGAUCAACGAGGACCAUGAGCUUUACGAAUUCACUUGCAUGCUGAAGCAAGGCCUCAAGGCUUCGGUCCAAGAAGCUAUCGAUUCUCCAACAGCCGCGGAUGUCAGGAAGCAGUCAGACUUUAGGGCCGUGCUUAAGCAGAUCCAUGAGGGUUUUGAGAUGCGGACGUACGCUGGUCCUGUCUUCGCUUGGUUCCGGCAAUUUCUUGGCAUGAUGGACCCCGAUUACCAACAAUCGUUGUCUUGUGAGAGCUCCUACCUGCAGUUUAUCAGCAACUCCAAGAGCCGUGCUGAUUUUUUCCUCACCAACGACAAACACUUCUUCCUGAAGACCCAGAGUAGGAAGGAGAUCCGGUUCCUCCUUACCAACCUGCCCAAAUACCUCGACCACAUGGAGAGAUACCCACACUCCAUCCUGGUCAAAUUCUUGGGGGUUCACAGCAUAAUCAUCCCUCCAGAGAAGAAGAAGUACUUCAUCAUCAUGCAAAGUGUCUUUUAUCCUCAUGAGAAAAUCCUGGAGAGGUAUGAUAUUAAAGGAUGCGAGGUCAACCGCUGGACAGACGCAGCCCCCGAAGGCAGUGAAGUCAUCAUGGUCUUCAAGGACCUCAACUUUGGAGAUAAUACCAUCUGCCUUGAGGAGCAACGUGCCUGGUUUGUACGACAAGUGGAGUUGGACACCCAAUUCCUUAAAGAGCUGCAUGUGAUCGAUUACAGCCUCCUGGUAGGACUCCAGCCCCUCCAUGAGGAUGAGCGGUUCCUGAACAAGGCUCUGGUCGACAUCAUUGCCAGGACAACAAUGUCGGUCAACGAUAGCUUCUUCCGUCGCCAGACUUUGCCCUCAACACUGGCCAACGACGGUAGGCCCUCUGUGUCUUCGUACAUGGGUCAGGUCUUAUCUAGUGCCGACCACUUUUACAAGCUCUCUCCUGAAAGCAAAGGCACCCUCCAGACUGUGCUGGGGCUCUACCUGAAACACCGGCCCAGCACCGAAAUUGAUAUCAACGUUUCGUCGAGAAGCGAGGCUUUUUUGCGAGAUGUCCUGGCGCCUUACCUCUUGCGCGGCAACAGCUGCGAGGAGAUACCCACCUACUUUGGCCAAAUGGACAGCAUAGGGAGCAACCACAUCAGCCAGGGGUCCACCCUGAUUGAAGCCUCUUCUUUCCUUGACCAGAACCUGCGUCUCCUACCCAACUGCCGCAACCCCUUCCACGUGAUCGAUGGGCCAGAGUACCGCUAUUUCGUGGGCAUCAUUGACCUCUUCACUGUCUUCAGCUUCCGCAAGAAGCUGGAGAGCCUCUGGAAAAGCAUCCGCUAUAGGAAUCAAAGCUUCUCCACGGUUCACCCGGCUUGUUACGCCCAACGGCUGUGCCAAUGGGUGGAAAGCCACACAACAUGAAUGUUAGACAGGGGAAAGAAGGCCCCUUGGUGGGUAGUGGAGAAAGCCAUCUUCAGUUUGACACUGGAGUCCUCUUAGGGGAGGGUGCAAGGGACACUGAUCCACACAACUCACCCAGCGGGGAUGCAAACAACCGAAAACCAGCAAAGAUUACGAGACCAAAGGAGAUGACUUUUUCCAGGGAGUGAUGAAUUUCAGGGGCCAUUUUGUGACUAUCAGGGGGCAGGUUCUGCAGGACAGUGAGGACACAGCUAUUCCCCAUUCUGGCAGCUGAGUUGUACUUGUAAGGCAGAGUAUAGGGCACACCAUUUUUUGCCAAAUUUCCACACAAACACAC